ACCAAGAUCUUCCAGACGACAGGCUUCCAGUCAGCGUCAAAGUGGGACGCCCGCUACGCUGUCGCACUAAAAGUCAAAGUGAUCCAGUGCGAUGACCAUUUUGAGGUCGUACCUAAAGAGUGCGCGCCUACGACGACGGCUUUCCUUUGCAGAGGAUUUCUUCGUUUUAGACAGAUCGGAGAUACGCGAGGGCGCUAAGCGACGCCAGUUCCCGACUCCCGUAUCCAUCAUUUAUACGGCCUUUGCGCAGAUAUUGGAGUUCAGCUCUGCGGGAAGCGUAGCGAGCAGGGAGUCGCAGGAGAGCGAAAAGCAAGACAAAGACGAGACGGCCGUUGUGCACUUCUUGAACGAUUAUCUGCAGUGGAUUCUGGACGAAGUUGGGUUCGUUAGAACCCUAGAUGACAGACUCGUCACCCUGCAAAACAGAACUCCACCUUUUUCGAAAGGUUUACGGCUGCAUGCGGUGGAAGUUGUUUGUAAGACGGAUGGUUCCGUGGUUGUAGCUCUCGACAGUGGGGCGAAGUCCAAAGCAACUCCCACACACUUUCCUAUUUUCAAAGAGUGCAAACGGUUGCUGCACCGAAAACCGGAGGACAGUAUUGUUGGACAAGUCGCGGCGGAGUUGCUCUCCAUCGUACAGUUCGGCCAAGAGCAAAAACACCAUGACAACCCGGAGGCCUUCGGGAUUCUGUUGCAUCACCGUCAUGCGCAGAUUGUGUCGGCCUGCUUCUCCGAAGGCUAUUUAGACAAGCUGGAGACAGCCCACCCAACUAUCGAUUUUGGUCAAGGCGACUUUUUUGCCAUAAAAACCACCCGAACAUAUGACCUGGCGAUCGUCUCUGACCGCAGAGAGUUCACGAUUGCCGUCAUGUCCCUCUUCAAGUAUGUGGUCUCUGGCAGAGCACGGAUUGGGAGAUUGGAUGAGCUGAAAACUGAGAACGCAAUAAAUAUGUAACGUAAGUAAUAGAAUAUGUAGCGGGACUCCAUUACCCACUACUGUCCCAACCCAUAUAUAAAUUGAACAGCUCGCUACUAGCGGCUGCUUUCCCACGUAGCUGUCUCAUCAUCUCAUCAUGACAUCCUCCCACGAUGUCAGCCUAGCAGAACGCUUACGGGCACAUAGACGACU